UGCGCCGUUGUCUUGGGUUGAUGAGGAGGAAGAGCAUGGAUUCGCGUGCUGAAUGCAAAGAGAAUACAAGCUGUUCAGCGAUCGCUCAUAAAUUUGAAUGAGACUGACAGUGAGCAACAGUUGGAGAAUAAAGAAGAUAACCGCCACCUGCCUAGGAAAAUAACAUGCACUUUACUAACGGGACUAAUAGCAGUUGACGCCCCCGGAAUCGCCAAUUAAUCAAUGAGAACUCGGAAGCUGCAUUCUACAAGUUAGGACAAUCUCAUCUGCUUUACCCAAAAAUUAAACAGACGUGCAGUCUCCAACAUGCGCUGGGGAUUCAUCGUGGGACUUCAGGUGCUCUGCCUUGCAGGAGGGGUUACGCCCUUCGAUCCCCUGCAGUGGAUACCCGCGACCAUCAAGUAUCCAUUGGUGGACCUCAUGUCUAAUUUCUUACCGGUUAUAAUGCAGGUGCAACGCCUCCUCAUAUCACACCAUGAAGACGAUUCAAAAAGGGAGGAGUUCGACUUCGUCAUCGUCGGCGCGGGAGCCGCCGGCAGCGCCCUGGCCCUGCGCCUCACGGAGCGACCGGACUGGAAGGUGCUGCUGCUGGAGGCCGGCGGGGAAGAGGUGCCCAUCAUGGACGUGCCCUUCUUUAUCGGCCAGUUCCAAUCCACCGACGCGAACUGGCAGUACGUCACCACCCCGCAGACCACUUGCUGCGUACUCAUGAAGGACUCCCGGUGCGACUACCCGGCCGGCAGAAUGGUCGGCGGCAGCACAGGCAUCAACUACAUGUUUGACGUUCGGGGCAAUCCCAAGGACUACGACAACUGGGCGGAUAUGGGCAAUAAGGGAUGGUCGUUCGCUGAUGUACUUCCUUACUUGAAGAAAGUUGAAGAUAUGCAAAUUCCUGAAUUGCAGAACAGUGAUUACAGAGGAUAUGGAGGAAGAAUAAAAAUAACAUAUCCUAAUUCCUUCUUUGACGUGAGUGAGCUGAUCCUCAAAGCAACUGAGGAAGCGGGCUUCCCCAUGACGGACGACUACAACGGCGAGAAGCAGACAGGAACGGGACGCAUGCAGACCACAACGUACGAAGGCUCCCGUUGGAGCGCCAACGCAGGCUACUUGAACGAGGCGCGCGCCCGCCCCAACCUCUUUCUGCGCACGCGCAGCUUCGCCACGCGCCUCGUGCUGGAGGGCGUGCGCGCGCGCGGCGUGCGCUACGAGCGAGGCGGCCACGAGCACGUCGCCUACGCCACGCGCGAGGUGAUCCUGUCGGCGGGCGCCGUCAACUCCCCCGCCAUCCUCAUGCACUCGGGCAUCGGGCCGGCCGACCACCUGCAGCAGCUGGGCAUACCGGUGGUGCAGCCGCUGCCCGUCGGGCACAACCUCAUGGACCACACGGCGCUCGUCGCCACGAUCACCACACUCAACGAGUCCGUCAGCCCCAGCAUACCCGAUGUUUUGCUCAAUCCCUUGAACCUUGUCAACUAUUUCGCUAAAAAGUCCGGUCCCCUCUCGAGUACGGCAGGUUUUGAAGCAAUUACAUUUCAUGAGGUUGAGGGAGCCGAGUUCCAUACUCCUGGUUGGCCGGAUGUGGAGAUUUUGUACGCCUCUCUCAACCCGUUCGCUACCCGAAAGAUGGCGAAUGUAUUUCGAUUAUCGGAUGUCGCAUACGAUCGACUUCUCGAACCGAUUAAAGGCAAACCGUCGCUGUUGGCUGCCAUUUGGCGGCUACGUCCGAAAAGCCGAGGACGCAUCUUUCUUCUGAACAACGACACAUCCACGCCGCCCCAGAUCGACGUUCGAGGUUUUUCGGAUCCGGAGGACGUGGCGGCGGUGCUGUCUGGUCUGAGGGCUUUCCAGCAGGUGUUGGCGGCCCCCAGUUUCCAGAGGGUCGGUGCUCGCAUUGUGGAUGCACCUGUCCCCGGGUGUGAGGACGUCGACUUCGACUCGGAUGACUACUGGCGUUGUGCUAUUCACCGCUUUUCACUCCCGGUCUACCACCAGAGCGGAACCGCCAAAAUGGGUCCACCUGGUGACCCGACGGCGGUUGUCUCUCCUGAUCUGAAAGUGGUUGGGAUUGAGGGACUGAGAGUUGCGGAUGCGUCUAUCAUGCCCUUAGUGAUUUCAGGUCAUUUGCAAUUCCCUUGUUACGUGAUAGGGGAGAAAGCAGCAGAUUUGAUCAAACAGGAAAAUGGCAAUUAAUUCAC